AUGAUGAGGAAGUACGUGGUGGAGCCGGCGCACAUGUGGUGGCCGAGUAACCUCGUGCAGGUCUCGCUCUUCCGGGCUUUACACGAGAAAGAAGACCGCCGCAUGUCUCGGGCCAAAUUCUUCGUCAUCGUUCUGAUCUGCAGCUUCUCGUGGUACGUCGUUCCGGGCUACCUCUUCCCGACCAUUACGAGCAUCUCGUGGGUCUGCUGGGCCUGGCCCAAGUCCGUAACGGCGCAACAGCUCGGCUCCGGCAUGAACGGGCUCGGCAUCGGUGCUUUCACCCUCGACUGGAGCACCGUCGCCUCCUACCUCUUCAGCCCGUUAAUCACCCCCUUCUUCGCCAUCGUCAAUAUCUUCGUCGGCUAUCUCUUGAUCCUCUACGUAGUCAUGCCGGUGGCAUACUGGGGGUUCAACCUCUACAAUGCAAAGACUUUCCCAAUUUUCUCCUCGGAUUUGUUCACGGCUGCUGGCCAGCCGUAUGAUAUCAACGCCAUCGUCAACAACAAGUUUGAGAUCGACAUGACUGCGUACGGUAAGCAGGGGAGGAUAAACCUGAGUUUGUUCUUUGCUAUAACCUACGGCCUCGGAUUCGCGACCAUUGCGGCUACGCUAACUCAUGUUGCUUUGUUCUAUGGAAGAGAAAUAUACAAUCGGUACCGAGCUUCGUAUAAUAAAGGAAAAGUGGACAUCCACACGAGGUUAAUGAGGAAGUAUGAAGACAUACCCAGCUGGUGGUUCUAUUUACUGCUGCUGGUGACAGUUGUGAUCUCCCUGAUUCUGUGCACUGUGUUGAAGGACCAAAUUCAACUUCCAUGGUGGGGCCUCCUCUUUGCUUGCGCCAUGGCCUUUGUGUUCACUCUCCCCAUCAGCAUCAUCACUGCAACUACCAACCAGACUCCGGGACUGAAUAUUAUCACAGAAUACUGCAUGGGUCUGAUCCUGCCGGGAAAGCCGAUCGCCAACGUGUGCUUCAAGGUCUACGGUUACAUGAGCAUGGCGCAGGCCGUCGCCUUCCUUUCCGAUUUCAAGCUCGGCCAUUACAUGAAGAUCCCGCCCAAAUCCAUGUUCCUAGUUCAGGCUGUCGGCACAGUGGUCGCCGGUACAAUCAACAUAGGCGUGGCAUGGUGGCUCCUGGGCUCGAUCACCGACAUCUGCCAGAGGGACCUCCUCCCGCCCAACAGCCCGUGGACGUGCCCCAGCGACCGCGUCUUCUUCGACGCGUCCGUCAUCUGGGGCCUGGUGGGCCCGCGCCGCAUCUUCGGCCCGCUGGGCAAUUACGGCGCGCUCAAUUGGUUCUUCCUUGGCGGUGCUGUCGGCCCGGUCAUCGUCUGGGCCUUCCACAGGAUCUUCCCCGAGCAAUCGUGGAUCCCCCUGAUAAACCUCCCCGUGCUUCUUGGUGCAACUGCCAAUAUGCCGCCGGCUACUGCAGUAAACUACACGUCGUGGGCGGCGGUCGGGACGGUGUUCAACUUCUUCGUGUACAGGUACCGGAAGAAGUGGUGGCAGAGGUACAACUACGUCCUGUCGGCAGGGCUGGACGCGGGGGUGGCGAUGAUGGGGGUGCUGCUCUACUUUGCGGUGACGAUGGAGAACAAGAGCCUCAACUGGUGGGGGACCGCCGGCGAGCACUGCGACCUCGCGACGUGUCCCACGGCCAAAGGGGUCAUUGUGGAUGGCUGCCCGGUCUUCUGAAGGCGUCAGGCUUCAUUUCCGUCUCUUUCUUUGAUCAGCUGUGUAUAAUGCAAUUUUAGGGUGGUGAAACUGGAUUGGAAUUGUUAUAGGUUAAAAUCCGCAAACUUCGUUAAAUAAAAACUUUAAUUUAUCAUUUGAUACAGAAAAUGCGAGUAAAAAUUGUAAAAGUGUUCUGCAGCAUUGCUUAGUUUAUCAGAUUUUCUAUAAUAGUUACUGCUUGAUUGAUUGGAGUA